AUGUCUUCUUCUUGUAUGCAGAUGGCGAAGAGGGUAAAGUACACCGACCUCACCGAGCGGAGCGUUCUCGGUGUUUCCUUGUUAUUCCCAGUUUCACCGAACUCAACUCCACGUCGGCUUGGUCUCCCGUCUAAACAACCCCCUUCCGUCCCGAAUCUUGCUCGUUCGGAUGAUCACAUGGCCGGGAACGAAGAACGGGAGAUUUCACGCCUGUCGUCAAUUCUUUGGUUCUAA